CUAUCGGAAUUUUGGGCAAGCUCUCUUACAACGCAGAAGCUGAACUAACCUCGCAAAGCGCACGCGUGUCUUGAAUUUACAACAUGGUGGAACGCAGGAAAAACAGGAGGCGCAAAGAUGAUGGAAGCAAUUCGGAGUCAACGGUGCCAGAAAAGCCAUCGAAGGAAGAGUACUCGGUGGCAAAGUGGAUCCGGAACAAUGUCCCCUCGAAGAAGACAAAAUUCGACCGGAAUCACAUUGUAGAAUAUUUUACCGGGGCGAGGGCGGUUGACGCCUUGCUAGAAAACUCGCCAUGGAGCAAAACUCUCUUCGAGACUCGGCAGCAGGUCGUCGAUUUUCUCGACCUGAUGUUGCGGCACAAGUUUUUCCAUCGGGCGAAAAAGGUCGUCAUCACGGAGGACGAGCUCUGCAAAAUCAGGGGCAUUAAGAAGAGGGUCAAGGAGCCGAAGGAGGAGAAGAAGGAGAAGGAAAAAGACAAGGAGAAGAAUAAGGAAACGGAGAAGGAUAAGGAUGAGAAGGAGAGCAAGGAGGAGAAGAAGGAGGCAGAGGAGAAGCAUGAUGAGAAAAAGAAGAAGCCGAAGGUUCGUUUAGAAAUGCACAUGGAUCAAUUCUUCGCCGAUUGCUGCGACGCUUACGUGUGGAUUUACGAGCCCAUACCCGUUUAUUACUGGUUUUUCGGGACACUGUUGGUUCUGGGCGCAAUAGGAGUCUGUCUCUUCCCCCUCUGGCCACUCACAGUUCGCCACGGAGUCUGGUACCUCAGCAUUGCGGCCGCGGGCUUCCUCGUCUUCAUCCUCGCCCUCAUUGUCCUCCGGAUGAUCAUUUUCUGUCUCCUCUGGAUGAUCACUCUGGGCAGGCACCAUCUCUGGCUGCUGCCCAAUCUCGUCGAGGAUGUCGGCUUCUUCGCCUCCUUCUGGCCGCUUUACCAGUACGAGUAUCACGGUCCAUCCUCUAGUGGCGAGAAAAAAUCUUUCAAGAAGAAAAAGCGAACGAAGGAUAAAGAUUCAGACAGCGAGGACACUCCUUUAACUCAAGCAGAGGAGAAAAAUUCGGCCGAUUCUCGGAAAGAGGUGGCGGACACGCCACUAGAAUCGAAUCCGGACGAUGAAAAGACUCAAGGAAUUGAAUCGGUAGGUAGUCAAGAUGGGAGUGAGGAAGGUUCCGAGAGUGACAAAUCCAACACGGGCGGUGACUUUGAGAUGCUCUGAGAUUAGUGCCUAAUUGACCAAUUUAUUUAUUGCUCGACUCAUAAUCAGUAGCUGAUUAUCAAAUCAGACAAAAAAAAGCGCCAUCACCUCGCACUGGGUGCAUUUUUUCACCGAGUCGCAGCUGAUAAAUCCUUCGGCGAGAUUUUUUUUUUUUUUUAAACCCUUCUCACUUUUGGAAGGAGAUGAGAAAGAAUGAUUGCUAGAAAUGAGAGGAGAGCAAGAAGUAGAAUAUUUAUCUAAUAUCGAUAGCCGUCGUCCAAUCAGAAAUCACGACAGAAAUCCAUUUUCCGUCCACGAUUUCCGAGAUUAUUCUUGUAACUAUUCCCAAUUUGAUUCAACAACUUUAGCUCCUGUCGAAAAUUCAUUUCCAUUUGCUAAGGGAGGACUUUCUCUCUCUCUCUCCUUUAAUUGAUUCUAGAAUUAAGUACAAAAUCAUGCAGAGAGAUUUUUACACGUUGUCCAAGUUUGCGCUGAUUUUGAAACGCAACAAGUAAGUGAUCUUUUUUUCUUCUUUUAAAUCAGGAUCGAGAGAUUUACUAUAAGAGUGCAAUAUUCGAGGUGUUUUGGUAUACUGGGGAUUCCUGAAAGAAAAAAUAAUAAAGUAAACCGCAAUUGUGCCGACGGUCGAUUGUGCAGAUUCCUGUCUGAUCAUAACUUUACCAUCGGUCGGUAAAAGAGGGAGGUCGGUAAGUGAGGUGGUAUUUUCACAGCUAGACUACAUUUUAUGGGUUUUUGAGGUCCCGGCUGAUAGUUUUUGCGGUUUUUUCAUUUUAUUAUUUUUUUUUUUGUGGGAAGAUCCUUUGCGGCGGCGGCGGCGGCCACAGAAUUGUACGACAGUUUUAUUUUUAUUAUUUAUAUUUUUAUGCGAGGACUAAGACGAUCAUCUGUAUGAAGGUUGUCAUAAGCUCUGGACAUGAAGUUAUUGCUAUAUAUACAAUAAUAAAGAAUUAAA